UGACCCACCUGGCAUGCGUGGCCACCCAGGACCACCUGGAGAUGGAGGUGCAUCAGGAACUCGUGGCCAGCCGAGGUUCUGGGGACAACCAGGAGCACCCAGAGCCCGACACCAACGUCCCCUUGGGACUCUAAGGUCAACCAGGGCUCCAUGGGUCAUUUAAACGUGAAGGGCCACCAGAGACCUCGCCCCCUCCCCGGCCUCCAAGACGCCCAAGAGCCCAAGGUCACCCAGGUCCCGUGGCCAACCAAAAGACCAAGGUCAACCAAAGCCCCACGGCCCCUCCAGAGGCCAAGGUCAACCAAGACCCAUGGUGUGUUUAGACUUGAGGGUCCACCAAGCCCCGAGGACCCCCGAGCCCCCCUGGCCCACCCGACAGCCCGGCUGGCCAGGCCAUGGUGGCUCUCACAGACUGGAACAUCCACCACGCCCCGGUGGCUGAGCGCAGCCCCGCGGACCCCCGAGACACCAAUGCCAAGCCCGGCCCUCCAGACUUGAGGGUCCCCAUGGGCACCACAACGAAGGGACGCUGCCCGGGCACCGAGCGCCACCAACCCCUCGUGCCCACCCGGGCCACCCAGCCCCCUGCCCGCGUGCCCAAAUCCCCUCGGCGCCCGCCUGGGGCUGGUGCUGCUGACCCUGGGCUCCCUCCUGCUGCCCUGCGCCCGCGGCUCGGCGCUGGAGUUCGGCGGCGCCCCGGGGCAGGUGGGCGCGCUACGGGCGGUGGGCGCCGGGCGCGGGGGGGCCAGCUCAGCUUCCGCUUCAAGACCAACGUGACGCGGGCGCUGCUGCUCUACCUGGACGACGGCGGCAACUGCGACUUCCUGGAGCUGCUGGUGGCCGAGGGGCGGCUGCGGCUGCGCUUCGCCAUCGCCUGCGCCGAGCCGGCCACGCUGGAGCCGCCGGCGCCGGUCAGCGACGGCCGCUGGCACGCGGUGCUGCUGACGCGGCAGGCGCGGCACGCGGCGCUGGCCGUGGACGGCGAGGCGCGGGCGGCCGCCGUGCGCUCCAAGCGGCCCGACAUGGCCGUGGCCAGCGACCUCUUCGUCGGCGGCAUCCCGCCCGACGUGCGGCUCUCGGCGCUGACGCUCAGCACCGUCAAGUACGAGCCGCCCUUCCGCGGGUGGGUGGCCGACCUGCGGGUGGGCGACGCGCCGGCCGCGCUGCUGGGCGCCCAGGGGGUCGGGGCGACGGCGACGAGCGCUGCGCCCACCACCCGCCCUGCGCCCACGGCGGCCGCUGCACCCUGCGCCGUGGGGAGCCCCGCUGCGGACUGCGCCGGCACCGGCCACCGCGGGCCCUUCUGCGAGGAAGAGGAAGAACCCGCGGUGGAAGGUCCCGCCCACCUGCGAGUCACCGGCCAAGGGCCCGCCGAGGUCGCCGAGGGGGGGCCCGGCCGCGGCGCCGGUGAGAUCCAGCAGGCAGCGAAAGGCCGCGCCGAGUACGUGGCCACGUUCCGGGGCAGCGAGUUCUUCUGCUACGACGUGUCGCGGUCGCCGGUGCAGAGCAGCGCGGACGAGCUGGCGCUGGCGUUCCGCACGCGGCAGCGCCACGGGCUCCUGCUGCACACCGGCCGCGCCGCUGACUUCCUCAACCUGUCGCUCAAGGCCGGCGCCGUGUGGCUCGUCAUCAACCUGGGCGCCGGCGCCUUCGAGGCGCUGGUGGAGCCCGUCAACGGCAAGUUCCACGACGGCGGCUGGCACCACGUGCGCGUCACGCGCAACCUGCGGCAGCACGCAGGGAUCGGACACGCUAUGGUGACCAUUUCCGUGGACGGCAUCCUGACCACCACGGGCUACACGCAGGAGGAUUUCACCAUGCUGGGCUCCGACGACUUCUUCUACGUGGGGGGGUCCCCCAACACCGCCGACCUGCCAGGGUCCCCCGUCAGCAACAACUUCAUGGGCUGCCUCAAGGACGUGGUUUACAAGAACAACGACUUCAAGCUGGAGCUGUCGCGGCUGGCGCAGGAAGGGGACGCGCGGGUGACGCUGCACGCGCUGCUCUUCCACUGCGACCCCCCCCCGGCGCUGGACCCCGUCACCUUCGCCACCCCCCAGGCGCACCUGGCGCUGCCCACCUGGCGCCCGGCCCGCGCCGGCUCCGUCUCCUUCGAUUUCCGCAACGAGCCCAACGGGGUGCUGCUCUUCGGGCAGGGACCCCCCCGCGACCCCCCGGCCCCCCGGCCGCCCCCGCCGCCCCCCGAUUUCCUGGCGCUGGAGCUGCUGGACGGGCACCUGUACCUGCUGCUGGGCAUGGGCGCGGCCGGGCUGCGGCUCCGCGCCAGCGCCCGCAAGGACGACGGAGAGUGGUGCCACGUGGACGUGCAGCGCGAUGGGCGCAAAGGCUCGGUGUCGGUCAACAGCCGCAGCACGCCCUUCCUGGCCAGCGGGGACCGCGACGUUCUGGACGUGGCCGAGCUGUACCUGGGGGGGCUCCCCGAGGGCCGCGCGGCCCCCGCGCCCCCCGAGCUCUGGGCCGCGGGGCUGCGCCUCGGCUUCGUGGGCUGCGUGCGGGACCUGUUCGUGGACGGGCGGAGCCGCGACGUGCGGGCGCUGCUGGGCGGGGGGCGCUCCGGGGUCGCCCCGCUCUGCGCCAGGGACCCCCCCCGGCUGUGCGCCAGCGGCCCGUGCCGCAACGGGGGCGCCUGCCGGGAGGGCUGGAACCGCUUCGUGUGCGACUGCCGCGGCACCGGCUACCUGGGGCCGCGCUGCGAGACAGAGGCAGCCGUGCUGAGCUACGACGGCAGCAUGUACCUGAAGGUGCAGGUGCCGGGCGAGCAGACCGAGGCCGAGGACGUGUCCCUGCGCUUCAUGUCCCCCCGAGCCUUCGGCCUCGUCCUGGCCACCACCUCGCGCCACUCGGCCGACACGCUGCGCCUCGAGCUGGACGGGGGGCGCAUGAAGCUCACCCUCAACCUGGACUGUGUCCGCGUGGGCUGUCACCCCAGCAAGGGCCCCGAGACUCUGUUCGCGGGGCAGCGGCUGGAUGACAACGAGUGGCACUCGGUGCGGGUGGCCCGGCGCGGGCGCAGCCUCCAGCUCGCCGUGGACAACGUCACCGUCGAAGGACAGCUGUCGGGCUCCCACACCCGCCUGGAGUUCCACAACAUCGAGACCGGCAUCGUCACCGAGCGCCGCUUCCUGGCCGUGGUCCCGUCCAACUUCCUGGGCCACCUGAGCGGGCUGGUCUUCAACGGGCUGCCCUACCUGGACCUGUGCCGCGACGGCGACAUCAGCUCCUGCGAGCUCAACGCGCGCUUCGGCCGCCGCGCCAUCGUGGCCGACCCGGUGGCCUUCGGCGGCCGCGGCUCCUACGUGGCGCUGGCCACGCUCCAGGCCUUCUCCUCCUUCCACCUCUUCUUCCAGUUCAAGACCACGGCGCCCGACGGCCUCAUCCUCUUCAACGGCGGCAGCGGCUCCGACUUCCUGGUGGUCGAGCUGGUCAAGGGGUACAUCCACUACGUGUUCGACCUGGGCGAGGGCCCCUCGCUCAUGAAGGGCAACUCGGAGCAGCCGCUGCACGACGGGCGCUGGCACGAGGUGGCCGUGGCGCGCGAGGGGGGGACCCUGCACGCGCUGCGCGUGGACGGGAGACCCGUGACCCAGCACGGGCAGGGCGCCCGCGGGCUGCAGCUCAAGGGUGAGCUGUACGUCGGGGGGGUCAGCCCGGGGCUCCUGGGGCGCCUCCCGCGCCUCGUGGCCUCCCGGGGGGGCUUCCGGGGCUGCCUGGCCUCGCUGGACCUCAACGGGCGCCUGCCCGACCUGCUGGGGGACGCCCUGAGACGCGUGGGGGACGUGAGGAGGGGCUGCGACGGCCCCAGCACGACGUGCGCCGAGGACUCGUGUGCCCACGGGGGCGUCUGCCUGCAGCAGUGGGACGGCUUCACCUGCGACUGCAGCAUGACGGCCUUCGGGGGGGCCGGCUGCGCCGAGCCGGGCACCACGUACAUUUUCGGCAAGGGGGGGGCCCUGAUCACCUACACGUGGCCCCCCAAUGACCGGCCCAGCACCCGCGCUGACCGCCUGGCCCUGGGCUUCAGCACGCGGCAGCGCGACGCGGUGCUGCUGCGCGUGGAGAGCGCGGCCGGCCUCGGCGACUUCCUGCAGCUCCACAUCGUUCAGGGGGCCGUGGGGGUCCUGUUCAACGUGGGCACCGAGGACAUCGCGCUGGAGGAGCGGGGGGCGGCCGUCAGCGAUGGGCGCUUCCACGUCGUCCGCUUCACGCGCAGCGGCGGCAACGCCACGCUCCAGGUGGACGGCGGCCCCCUGCACGAGCGCUACCCGCCAGGCAGCGGGGACAGCGAGCGGCUGGCGCUGGCGCGGCAGCGCAUCCCCUUCCGCCUGGGGCGGGUGGUCGAUGAGUGGCUGCUCGACAAAGGCCGGCAGCUGACCAUCUUCAACAGCCAGGCGCGCGUGCGGGUGGGGGGCCGGGACCGCGGCCGCCCCUUCCAGGGGCAGCUCUCGGGGCUCUACUACAACGGGCUGAAGCUGCUGGCGCUGGCGGCCGAGGGACACCCCCGCGUGCGGCUCGAGGGGGACCUGCGGCUCGUGGGGGACCCCCCGCCGCCCCCCGCGCCCCCCGGCGCCACCCCCGCGCCCCCCGACAUGGCCACCACCAUCAUGGAGACCACCACCACCAUGGCCACGACCACCACCCGCCGCGGGCGCUCGCCCACCCUGCGCGACACCGUCGCCCAGAACACGGACGAUCUCCUGGUGGCCUCGGCCGAGUGUCCGAGCGAUGAUGAGGACCUGGAGGAGUGUGAGCCGGGCACAGCCGCGCCCGGAGCGGUGGAGGUGGUGCGGGAGGCGGGCGGCACCACCGGCAUGGUGGUGGGCAUCGUGGCGGCCGCCGCGCUCUGCAUCCUCAUCCUCCUCUACGCCAUGUACAAGUACCGCAACCGCGACGAGGGCUCCUACCAGGUGGACCAGAGCCGCCACUACAUCGGGGCCGCCCCCGCCGCGCCCGUGGGGGGCCCGGGAGGGGCUCCCGGGGCCGUGUCCCCGACCCCGCCCGCCGGGACCCCCAAGGAGAAAGCGGCGGCCGCGCCCCCCAAGGCGCCGGGCAAAGCGCGGCGCAACAAGGACAAGGAGUAUUACGUGUGAGGGGGGGGUCUCCACGCGUGUCCCCCCGACCCCUCCCCCGGUCCCCGCCGCCAUUCCCGGGGGGUCUCACCUGCCCGACCCCCCCGAGCCCGCCCGCCGCAGCGGGGGCGCCUCUGUGGUCUCUCUGUGUGUGUGUCCCCCCCCUCGACCCCGCCGCGGGAACCGGGGGGGCGGCGCGCGUGGGGGGGGGCGUGGGGGGCGCGCGGGACCCCCCCGCGUGGGGCGUGGGACCCCCCCCCCUCAAACCGCUCCCCUUCCCAACUUCGGAUCGGUUUUUUACCGCCCCCCCCUCGCCCCGUUUCCCUCUUCCCCGGGUAUUUCUUUGGGUUUAUUUUUUAAUUUCGAGAGCCCCGAUUGGCGUCGGGACCCCCCCCCCACCUGGGGGUCCUGCCGGGACCCCCCCAAAAGCCGCCCCGAAUCCCUCCGAGCCCCCCCGGGCCGCCCCCCCGCCGCGCACAGAGGAAUACACGGUUCUAUACUUCGUA